CCCGGGCAGAACCUGGGACGGCGACGCGCUUGUGCAGACGAUCCUGGGCGCUAGAACGCACGUCAAUCUGUCCGUCAUGAACUUCAUCCCCGCCGACUUUGACUGCGCGUGGUGGCCGGCGCUGAACGACGCCCUCUUGGCGAAGGUGGCCCGGGGCGUGCAGGUGCGGCUGCUCCUUAGCAAGUGGAAGCACACGAGCACGUUCAUUCCGGAUUACCUGCACUCCCUCCAAAUCUCCGCCCAGGCCGUCGCGAGCAAGGCACAACUAUCAAACCCUGGUGGUUCUCUCGAGAUCCGCUUCUUCGAGGUACCUGGGUGGCAGGGCGCCACGGGCAAGGACGAGGAUCCGUACGUCGAUUAUUCCCGGGUGAACCAUGGCAAGUACAUCGUCACCGACCGCCGUUUCAACAUCGGCACUUCCAACAUGGAGUGGGGGUAUUUCUACAAGACGGCAGGCUUGUCCUUCAACUCGGACCAUCCCCUGCUGCGCGCGCAGCUGACCGCGGCGUUCGAGCGCGAUUGGGGCUCGGAGUACGCAGUGCCCUGGGCAACGCGGUUGGUCGGGGAUUGGCUGUUUUCUGUCUAG